AUGGUACUAGAACGCGCUAUAGCCCUAUGGAAAAGAAGUCACUACGAAGCGUCAGGUUCUGCUUUGGGAUUCGUGAUAGCUGGAAGCUCCAUAUUUGCUGGUGCUGCACUAGCCAUUUGGUCGUUGAUCCAAAUGGAUCUCAGAAAAGAGCUUGUGUAUUGCACUGUUAGCAAUUCUGCCACUGCAUACAGGCUGCAGAUCCGAUCUUAUGCUUUGUGUGGAAUUAAUCUUGUUGCCUUGUUUUUCUCAGGACUAGUGUUUUUCUUCAAUGCAGCUGCCGUCAGGAAGAGGUAUAUCAACUUGCGGUCGUCUUACCAACUUCGGGAGAAUAUUGAUGUGAUUACCGUAAUUAUACCUCUAUCAGUAAUCCACUCGAUCUGCCAUCUUUUGCUUUCUAUCGCCGGUGUUAUCCUAUUUGCGAAUCAACAAUUCAUUCCCACGGUCACCUUCUGGAUACUACUAACAGCUACUUACAUUGUACCAUAUUACACGUUGAUAUCGCCUCUGAUUUUGUUAUUAUUACUGAAACUGUCAUCGAGGAAGCGAGCGACCAAGCUUAUCACUAUUACGAAAACGCCCAGUGAGAACGAAACAUUUACGGCAUAUUCGAAAAUGUGGGAAGUUGUAGCAAUUGAUAAAUAUUGA